AGAAGGACAAGCCCAGAUGAUUAAAAAAGAAAGCAAGAUUAAGGAAGGAUAUAGGAAUUAGUAUUAUAUUACAAUAGCAGUGGCUGUGUAUUGAUAUGCACUCUCUCCAUCUCAUUAACACUUUUGUCGGUUUUUAGUUGAUCAUUCAUCCUCCUCUUUUCACUCUCUUCUUCGCCAAUAUCCUCUCUCGUGGAGUUCGGGGGGCAAAAUUAAUUACUUCACCCUCCCCUGCUUGUCCUUUCUUCUUCCAUUAUUCCUCCUUUUUCUGCUCUGGAAAUCUUCUAAGCUUGUAGCUAAGCUAAGCUAAACUAAACUUCUAAGACAUGGAUCUUCUUCACUCCUUUAGCUCAUUAGCUCUUAUUCUGUAUCUCAUUGUCUUAACUCUGAACUCUAAAGGUGCAUUAGGUGCUUCUUUCACAUUUGUCAAUCGAUGUGGCUACACGGUGUGGCCUGGGAUAUUAGCAAAUGCAGGCAGUCCUACACUCGACAGCACUGGGUUCGAGCUACCAAAGGACUCAUCUCGUUCAUUUCAAGCCCCAACUGGCUGGUCCGGUCGUUUUUGGGGUCGAACGGGCUGCACAUUUUACGGAUCCGGGUCUGGUACGUGCGUAACGGGCGACUGCGGGUCGGGUCAGAUGGAAUGUAACGGACUCGGAGCUGCUCCGCCCGUGACUCUGGCUGAGUUCACUCUGGGAACAGGUGGGCAAGAUUUUUACGACGUCAGCCUUGUUGAUGGCUACAAUAUCCCCAUGAUCGUUGAAGGCAGUGGUGGGUCAGGUCUUUGUGCUUCGACGGGGUGUACAACUGACUUGAACCGUCAAUGCCCGUCGGAGCUCCGGGUUGGAGACGGUGACGCUUGCAAGAGCGCGUGUGAGGCAUUCGGGAGUCCCGAGUAUUGUUGCAGUGGCGCGUAUAGCACACCUGCCACAUGUAAGCCUUCAGUUUAUUCUGAGAUGUUCAAGGCCGCUUGUCCCAGAUCUUACAGCUAUGCAUACGAUGAUGCUACAAGCACUUUCACGUGUACUGGAGCAGAUUAUACGGUUACCUUUUGUCCCUCUUCUCCUAGUCAAAAAUCUUCGAGAGAUGCUACGCCAGCUACAGAAGCUACCCCAGUGACAGGCUCAACGUCACAAGGGUCAGGGACACAGCCCGGGUUUACUUAUUCUGGUAAUGGAUAUGGAUAUUCGGUUUCAGGGUACGGAUACCCUGGUUCGGGUUCAAGUACUGGGUCAGGAUCCGGGCAAACCAUGUUGACAGAUGGAUCAUGGUUAGCUGGUUUGGCAAUGGGAGAUUCACCAAGAACAAUACCAUCUCCCACUUUUCUACUACCAUUUGCACUCAUGGCAUCAACAGCUUUGUGUUUCUUGUUUUCAUUAGUUCACUUGUAGCCCAUCCCUAUCCUUUUGUAUUAUGGCUUUUGUUAAAUGUGAAUUCUUUACAGAUUUGCAGCUUUGAUGGGUAAAAAUGGGGUUUUGGCCUUUGUUUGAGGAAAAAAAAGCUGACAGAUUCUUGGUCCAGAUUGUAAACCAUCAUCAGCUUCAAGAUUCCCCAAUGUUACAUAAACAUUUAAAACUGUUGUUUCUCUUAACAUUCUGGGAUUUAGAGAUAUUUUGGUUAUGUGUUGUGUUGUGUUGUUAGCUUUGCUUUUUCAGCUUUGGUUGUUUGUUUCUUUUUUGGCAAUUUGGAUUGUAAAGAGAAAGGUGAGAUCUUCUUCCUUAAAAGCUUGUUUGUAAUGUGGAAAUGUGAGGAAUUUGGGUGUUGUAUGUGAAGGAUGCCCUAAGUCUCAAGUUUUUAGCUCA